AUGCGCGAGAACCUCCAGGACCUGUGGGCCAUGGCCCCGGAUCUGUGGGCUGCGCUAAGGGGCAGCUUGAUCAGAAGACCCGGGGAGAGGAUGUCGGGGGCGCAGAUGAAGGACGCUGUGGUGCAGGUUUGCCUGAGUGUCAUCGAGGUCGGGAUGCUGCUGUCCGUGAUGCCCAUCUGGCUGUUUAUGCCUGGCAUUGUGUUCGCGUCGUGGGCGGCCAUGUCGUUGACUGUGGUGUUCGGCCUCAGUUGGCUGCUGAACGAAGACAGCGUCACCAUCAGCUGUGACGGGGCCGACAGCUGGGCUACGGACAGUGAGACGCACGACGAACGGUGGUUCUUCGUCAGUGGCAUCGGGACAACAGCUCACCACCUCGCACAUCACACGCUGCCUCUGAUGGCUCGCCUCUUCACGCAUCCCAUCAUGGGUAUCCAUACGCCAACCUACGGUCUUCCCUUUGACAUCAUUCUGACCAUGCUCCACCGGGCGAUACCCUCAAUGCAGACGGCCGCCUCGCGGGCUCUGUACAUGGAACUCCGCGCCGCCCUGCUCGAUAGCCACAUCACGCGAGUGGCCGUCCUCUCUCACACAACAGGCGCCAUCCCGCUCAGUUCCGUCCUCACGCGGCUCAGCGCCGACCUCCAGCCGGAGAAGCUCUCCAAGCUUGAAAUCUUCACAUUCGGCGCCGCCGUCCGCGAGUUCGCCACGCCGCUCGGCGAAACAAAGAAGCCCUCACCAGCCGGCAGCACGCCGCGGUUCGAGGAGCCGAUCGUCGAAGAUCGGGGUCCGCAUAUCGAGCACUUCGCCUUCCCCUCUGACCCGCUCGCUCAGCUGGGCGUCCUGCGCGCCGUCCAAAAAGACCACACCGCCCGCUUCUGCGGUAGCGUCUUCCUCAUCCACGUCCAGCCGCCCACCCACGCCAUGUCCGCUUCUGCCAUGCCCUCUCCCUCACCUGCCGGCGGAGUCCGUGGAGCCUUACGUCGCCCGCCGGGUCAUCUCGCCGACUACCUAGCUGCGCUCUUUCCCGCCUCGAUGGACGGCACGACACCGGGAAAGAGCAGCAUCCUUGACUACGUCAUGAGCAUCGAUCGCGACACGGCCGAGAAGCGCGAGCUUGCGGCCAUGGCGUCGUAUGCCGAGUGCAAGAAGCGAAGCGGCCGGUUCGGGCGCGACGGCAAGCGCACGAGCUGGACGGGGCUCGGCGCGACGGUUGGCGGCGGGGCCACCAACGGCGUCAUGGACGGCGUCGUCGGGCUCGAGAUGGCGAGGCGCGGGUGUCGCGAGUGCGAUGGGCACAGGGGUCGCGAGGUUAGCCGCCUGGCGGACUAUGUGCGGAACAGCAACAUCAUCAUUCGCAGGGACUCGAGUGUGGUGGAUGCGCUGGGCGUCGGGAGGACAUGA